CCUGCAGCAGAUAAUAACUCCGCUCAGGUGGGGCUGCAUAAUGAACAUCCCACGUAGCCUCGGGCAUUUGCAGGCAUUAUAAAAGCACCAGAGCUUCUCCCCACACACCCUCAGUUCCACUCAGAUUCAACACUUUCUAGCUGUGGGCAGACAGAUCUUAAAACACUGCAGCAAUGCCUGCUUCGGGUGUGUGCAAGAACAUCAUCAAUGCCCGUCACCUGAAAGAUGGUUAUGGGACUGUCAGCAACCCUUUAAAGCAUGACAACCAAGACUUCCAGCAGCUGAAGCAGUACUGUCUCAUCCGGAAGGUGAGGUACAUUGAUGAGAUGUUCCCCCCUGACAGAAGGUCAAUUGGCCAAGGGAUCCUGAGCCCCUCUGAACUGAAACGUGUGGAGUGGCUGAGACCAGGGAGAAUAGUUUCCAAUCCAUCUUUUGUUGUUGAUGGGGUCUCCAGGUUUGACUUUGGCCAAGGCAUCGUUGGAAACUGCUGGUUUCUUGCUUCUAUUGGAGCUUUGACAUUCCAGGAUUACAUCCUUGGGCAAGUUGUUCCUCUUGAACAAUCAUUUGAUGAUGACUACUGCGGGCUGUUUCACUUCAGGUUCUGGAGAUUUGGAAGAUGGGUGGAUGUCGUCAUCGAUGACAAGCUACCAACAAUCAAUGGCAGACUAAUCUUUGUUCACUCCACAGACCCAAAUGAAUUCUGGCCUGCUUUGCUGGAGAAAGCCUAUGCCAAGGUGUGUGGCUCCUACUCAGACAUGAAUGCUGGAACUCCUGCCGAGGCUUUGGUGGACUUCACUGGUGGGGUCCACAUUUGCAUCCAGCUGUCAGAACCCCCACCUAACCUGUGGGAGCUAAUGUGCAGAGCUGGCCAGUCCAAGUCACUGAUGGGUUGCGGUACAGAGCAGGGCGAGACAUCUGCCAACACUGUAUUACCAAAUGGACUGGUCCAAGGCCAUGCCUACACUGUCACAGGUGUGAAGCAGAUGAUGAGCCAAGGGCAGCUGGUAAACCUGGUGCGUUUGUGGAACCCCUGGGGCAGAGGAGAGUGGAACGGAGACUGGAGUGAUCAGUCGCCUCUGUGGCAAACCGUGAGUCCACAAGACCGAGAACUGUGCCUCUCAGUGCGUGACGAUGGAGAGUUUUGGAUGACCCUGCAAGACUUCUGUAGGUUCUACUCAGAUCUCGACAUUUGCUGCCUGUGUCCUGACUUCCUUGACGGCAGCUCUUGUCACUGGAAGACCUCCUUCUAUGAGGGCAGAUGGGUUGCAGGAACCACUGCUGGAGGCUGCAUGAACAACCGCGACAGCUUUUGGACUAAUCCACAGUAUCGGGUCAAGAUAGACAAGUUAUCCAGCGAAUGUGGUGAGUUUCAGGGUGAAAAAAACAUGCUGGUGUCUCUCAUGCAAAAGCCAGACAAGAGGAACAGACGCCUCGUCCAAAACCUACACAUUGGUUUCUCUGUAUUUGAGGUGACUGGGGAAUACAGGGCACACAGGGGGAAGUUCCCAGCCUCUUUCUUUGAGAGGAACAGACCUGUUGCCCAGACUAAAACCUACAUGAAUGCCCGUGAGGCGAUGGAGUUUGUGACGCUGAAACCUGGGGAAUACUUGAUUGUUCCCUCCACCUUCAAUCCCAAUGAGACGGCCUCUUUCAUUUUGACCAUCCUCUCCAAGGCAGAGACCCAUGUCCAUGAGAAUUCUGGCGGACAUGGCCACGGCCACGGCCACGAACACAUGGAACAAGAUGUGAACCCUAGGCAUGAAGCAGGUGAAAAUGGCGAGGAUGACGACAACAAGAGAACCCUGUUUCGUCAGUUCUCCGACAAGUAUGAAGAAGUGGAUGCUGAGCAGCUCCAGAUGCUCCUGAAUGAAAAUUUGAAAGGAGACUUGAAAUCUGGAGGCUUCAGUGUGGAUGCUUGUCGUAGCAUGGUCGCGCUGAUGGAUUCAUCUAUCACUGGCAAACUGAAUUCUGAAGAAUUUGUCAAUCUGUGGAACAGGGUGAACCUAUUCAAGGACAUUUUCUCCAGGGCUGAUGUUUCUCGAACAGGAACUCUUUCCCUGAGUGAACUCAGGAAUGCACUCAUGGCCACAGGAAAGAAUGUCAGCGAUGACAUACUGAAUUUGAUAGCUCUCCGUUACGGCAGCUCCUCUGGCAACAUCACAAUGGAGAACUUCAUCAGUUUGGCCAUUCGUUUAACCUGCAUGUCCCAAAUCUUCAGGCAGUUGUCUAAUCAAACAACUGUGACUCUUCGUGAACCAGAGUGGAUGUACGUCACAAUGUACACUUAAACUGACAGUGAAGACGAACUGCAAGAUUCAUCAGGAAUAAACACAAAAUGCGUUCCUCUGCAAAUGAGCCAUCAUUAAACAGCAGGGUGUAUAUAACACGUACAGAGCAGCAGACACAUGCUACUUACUUUGCAUUUAAAAUCACAGCAGCAGGAGGAAAUGGUAACUUUUCUCAUCUGUUACUGACAGAACAACUGUUGUGAGUGUAUAGUCAUCCUAGCUAAGAAUACACUGAGUUAUGUUACAUUUGUUGCAUAUCUAUCUUGAGAACAGAGAAAAAUACAUAUAUAUUUUUAAAAAAUUUUAAAAAAUAUAUUAUUUUAGUUAAAACUCAUACAGAUCAUUAGUCAUGUGUGCUCUUCAGUAAAUGUCAUUUGUAACCUAAAUACGGUAUCUUUUUCAGUCUACAUGUUACUUUCUAUGAUGGUGUGGUUCAUUCCUUUAAGUGGGUUAAUGCAUUUUAAUUUUCGCUGUUAGGUGGGAUUAUGCAUUUUUUUGAUAAGUCAGCAGCACAGUGUCUGUUUGUCAGUCACUUAGAUCAACACUGAAAUGUUACUCAAUACUGAAUAUAACAGUAAUUGGAUGAAUUAUCAUGGAAUCUGUUGCAAACAUUAAUAUCCUCGUAACUGUGGACUAUAGCUGGUCUCUUUGACUUCUACUUUUUAAGUGUUUUUUUUAGGUGGGGUGUUUUCACUUACUUUGUACCUUACAAAUUAAAAACAUUAUUCAAACA